AUGGACUAUGUUCCUGGCCAGAAACUAUCGGAUUUGGACCUCACAGUCCACACAGAGAUCAUACCCCGCAUCACCGAUAUUAUUGCUCACCUCGGACAGAUAAAACAUGGACAAAAGCCAGGUCCAAUCGGCCAAAAAGGUCCACAGGGGUAUCUCUGGGGCGACGAUGGCGUGGAUAAGCCUUUUGUGUCUGUUGCCCAUUUGAAUCGUUAUCUCAACAGGCGUCUGUCAUUGAGAAAUGACUCUAUUGAUCUAAGUCCAUAUCCGCUCGUCCUCUGUCAUAUGGACCUGGUUCGUCGCAAUAUGAUACUUGGAGAAGAUAAAAAAUCUAUUUAUCUUCUUGAUUGGGCCCAUGCUGGGUUUUUUCCACGGUUCUACGAACUUGCGGCGCUUCCGUGCAUGAGUCCUUAUGAUGAGCCCUACGAGAAGCCACUUAUAGCAGCCACGGAAUCAAUGAUGCAGUUGACAGAUGAUGAAAAACGCGCCAUGAAAUUGAUCCAUUAUGCCCGGGCAGCAACUUUGAGAUGGCAAUUUCCGGAAGAGCCUGAGGAAGCGUGA